GAAGCUCUCAUCUUAAAAUUAAAUUAUCUAAAUUUGUAUCUAUACGGACGUAAAACUGCCUGUUACUUUAUGGAUUCGAAUCAGGAUCAUCCCCACUUAGAACCUUCUAUUUUUCAGACAAUGUAACGCAGGUCUCAAGAAAACUACCUAGCGUCGUCUCAGCACUAUUAAUUGUGUCCAAAGUAAGGUACAAAAUAGCCCCGAGGCGACGAGAGUUUAUGUGUAGUCAAGGACCUUUAAUUACAACUACUACUAUAACAUAACCUUCUUGUGUUUAGUACAGUUUAGUGUUACAUAAUCUACACAGCGGUCCCCAAUGUUGAACAGACAGGGAGUACGCGUGAACACCGUGUGUCCAGCAAUGAUAAAGACUCCAAAGACCAAGACGAAGUUCACCCCUGACCAACUUUCCCCGACAGCCAGCGUGGAGGAUGUGAUGGCAGAGUGGAAGAUGACCAGACUGAGGAACGGAGUGAUGACAGCCGAGUACGUUGCUCAGCAGACGAUGGACCUCAUAACAGACAGAAACAUGAAUGGCGCCAUUGUUCACUUGUCACAGAAGACAGGUAGAUCGUAUGUGGACGUGGAACAUGACUUCGGAACAGAUAUUAUGGAUAACGACCAACAAUAAAGAUGGAUUUUUGUCAA